AUGGAUGAAGACUUUCUUCCAGAUACUACUGAUCCUUUGGAAAAUAUUCCUGAAAUAGCUCCCAAUGAAGCCGAAACAUUGGCAUAUCAACAUCUAAUAGAUCGAUUAGAGGAAAUUGAAAAUUUACCAACAACAGACGCUCAAAUGAAGAGAGAUCAAAGAUCUCAAUUUGUUGCUGUAUGGAGCGAAAUUCUUCAAAUUCCUCCAUCGGAUGCUCCAUCUUGUUAUCAGAAAUGUGCUAGCCUUCUGUCACGUUUAUUCAAACAGAACCAAAUUUAUAUCAUACGAGCAAAUACAAAAAUUGCUCGUGAGAUGUGUUUUGCAUGCAUAUCUCAACUCACUCAUUCAAAUAUAAGUCAUUUUCUGAAAUUAAAAACAGAACAACAGAAUUUACCUGACAAUCGAAUUUAA